CCGUCGUCUUUGAGCUCCUCAACCCAUACUGUCUGAACUCACCUGGGCUCCUGGCAGAUUGUUUGCUUGUUUUCCCAACCGCUCUCCCUGAUCCUGUUGCUUUCCCUCUCUCGCAGAGCCCAAAAAGGAUGUGAACUUUGGAAUGGGGUCUGUGAGCAGGCUGUGGACUCAGUGCAUGUGUGAGACUGUUGCUGAGUAACAGGAGGACUGGUUAAUCGCUGUGGGCAGCCUUUCUGUCUGGCUGCAGGGCACCAGCCUUGCCUUGGCCCUUCACCAUGUUCCUCCUGCUCCCCUUUGACAGCCUCGUUGUCAAUCUCUUGGGGAUUUCCAUAACUGUCCUCUUCACUCUGCUUCUGGUUUUUAUCAUUGUGCCAGCAAUUUUUGGAGUCUCCUUUGGCAUCCGCAAGGUUUACAUGAAAACAUUAUUAAAGAUUUUUCAGUGGGCAACACUGAGAAUAGAGCGUGGUGCCAAGGAGAAGAACCAUCCAUUGUAUAAGCCCUAUGUCAAUGGUAUCAUUGCAAAGGAGCCAACAUCACUGGAAGAGGAGAUCAAGGAAAUCCGCCGGAGUGGCAGUGGCAAAGCCCUGGACACCCCUGAGUUUGAGCUCUCGGAUAUCUUCUAUUUCUGCCGCAAAGGCAUCGAGACCAUCAUGGAUGAUGAAGUGACCAAGAGAUUCUCAGCUGAAGAGCUGGAGUCCUGGAACCUGCUCAGCAGAACCAACUACAACUUCCAGUAUAUCAGCCUGCGCCUCACUGUACUCUGGGGACUGGGUGUGCUCAUCCGCUACUGCUUCCUUCUGCCCCUCAGGAUAGCCCUGGCGUUUACUGGCAUCAGCUUGUUGGUGACUGGUACUACAGUGGUGGGAUAUUUGCCAAAUGGAAGGUGUAAGGAGUUCCUGAGCAAGCAUGUCCACCUGAUGUGUUACCGGAUCUGUGUGCGUGCCCUCACAGCCAUCAUCACCUACCAUGACCGAGAAAACAGACCCCGAAAUGGAGGCAUCUGUGUGGCCAAUCAUACAUCUCCCAUUGAUGUUAUCAUCCUGGCCAGUGAUGGCUACUAUGCGAUGGUGGGUCAGAUCCACGGAGGGCUCAUGGGUGUGAUACAGAGAGCCAUGGUGAAAGCUUGCCCCCAUGUCUGGUUUGAACGCUCUGAGGUCAAAGAUCGUCACCUCGUCGCCAAAAGGCUCACAGAGCAUGUCCAGGACAAGAGCAAACUGCCUAUUCUUAUCUUUCCGGAAGGAACUUGCAUCAACAACACGUCUGUGAUGAUGUUCAAAAAGGGGAGCUUUGAAAUUGGAGCCACAGUUUACCCAGUAGCCAUCAAGUAUGACCCACAGUUUGGAGAUGCCUUUUGGAACAGCAGCAAGUAUGGCAUGGUAACCUACCUCCUUAGGAUGAUGACCAGCUGGGCCAUUGUCUGCAGUGUCUGGUACUUGCCCCCAAUGACCAGGCAGCCCGAUGAGGAUGCUGUCCAGUUUGCCAAUCGAGUGAAGUCAGCCAUUGCAAGACAAGGGGGCCUUGUAGAUCUGCUCUGGGAUGGAGGACUGAAGAGGGAGAAGGUGAAAGACACAUUCAAGGAGGAGCAACAGAAACUCUACAGCAAAAUGAUUGUAGGCAACCAUGAAGACCGGAGCCGCUCCUGAGCCCUUUGCUUCUAGCACUAUUACUGGGCCUGGACAGAGCCCUCUGCCUCCAGCACGAGCCAGGGUUUGUCUGAAGCAGCUCCAAAUCUUUGGACUUUGGCUACUCCAGAGCUGCUUGGACUUGCUCCCUCAUCCUCUGGCUAUUCUUUCCUGGAGGCACUAUUACUGCCUAGAAUCUUUAAGCCCUGGGCAGCCCUUGGCAAAGAUGCCUUCUUGUUACUGUUACAGUGAAGCCCCUUGCAGGGGCAAUAUUAAAUGCAAC